AUGUCCUUCAGGUCGACCCAGAGAAAUGAGCUCUCCCUUGAAAAACCGGGAACUUCUCAAGCCAAUCUGCCUGGGCUGAAUGAGGAGUCCAAGGGUUUAGACUCGCCCCAGGAGGAGAGCUCCUCAUUUAUGGAGCUCAGACCCAUGAAGGCUGACUCAGACCUCCAAAUGUCUGAAUGCGGUUGCUCGGAGGACUGGUCCACAGUUAACUUCUACUCAGAGGCCCAGGCCGAGAAGCUGCAGGCCUGGUCGGGUCAGCACCGGGACAAUACCCUGAAGAGAACCUUCCUGUCGGAGAAGAGGUUCCCUUCCACUUGGAAACCAGAUCCUUCCUCUGUCAAGAAGCUGGUGAUAAAGGAGAAGAUUGAAGAGCCCUCCCGCCCACUCUGGCCCAACAAGGUUGAGUACAUCUUGGCCCAAGUGGGCUACUCUGCGGGGUCAAUAAGCUUCUGGAACUUUCCCAACCUGUGGAUUCAGAACGGAGGUAUUAAUGCCUGCGGCCAGAACUCAGCCCCCUGCCCCCCUCAACCCCUGAAGCUUGAUAGAGGGGUUUUCUUACUCUCCUACGUCCUCAUGCUCUUCUCGAUCGGCGUUCCUCUGAUGUUCAUGGAGAUGACGUGCGGUCAGAGGCUACAGAAGGGCAUCCUGAGUGUCUGGAAGCUAACCAGCCCCUGGACGACGGGCUUGGGCUACACCAGCUUCGUGGUGUCCAUCCUUGUGAGCUUGUUCUUCAACGUGGCCAAUUGCUGGAGUCUCCUCUAUUUCAGCCAGUCCUUCUGGUUCCCCAUUCCGUGGGAGAAAUGCCCCUUCAUGAAGAACUCCAGUGCAUUUGAUGCGGAGUGUGCCCGGACAACACCCACCAUGUAUUUCUGGUACCGCAAGACUUUGAAGAUUUCUGACACGAUUGGGGACGGUGGCCCAAUAAUCCCCGGUAUCACGGUGUCCCUCUUCCUGAUUUGGUGUCUUACCAGUGUCAUCAUGAUAAACGGGAUCAAGUCUGUGGGGAAGGUGUCGGUUGUGGACUCCAUAAUUAUUUUGUUGGAAAGCGGGACCCACCUCCUGUCUUCCCUGGGCCUCGGCAUCGGCAUAUUUUCCACCUUCUCCUCACACAUGCCUCCGUCCAACAACUGCCUCAUUGAUGCCUUUGUGGUGGCUUUGGCCAAUGUGAGCAUCUCCAUGCUCACCACGCUAAUGUUCGUCUCCAUCAUGGGCUUCUGGGCCUCCAUCAUCGCCCAGCGCUGCAGCGUGAAGAAUGUUAACAUCAUCAUGGAUCUCGUGUACUCGAACAAGCUGCCUCCUGAUGUCCAACCCCCUGGGAACAUUCUCGCUAACCCAGGCGCCCUGUACACCAACUGGCUGGAAAGCCUCCCUCCUGACUUCAAGAGCAUGAUCCUAAGAAAGGUGUCGAGCUGUAAGAUACAGGAUCACAUCUUGCAGGGGGGCUCAGGAUUUGCCUACUUGGCCUUCGUGGAAGCUCUGUCGUUCAUCCCUGGGUCUGGCUUCUGGUUCGUCCUCUUCUUCCUGAUGCACCUGUGUCUUGGGAUGACUUCCGUAGUUGGGGUCUUGCAGAACAUCCUCACCCUCCUUCAGGACACCUUCUCUUUGUUUGAGAAACAUCCCAGGUUGCUCAUAGGCUUUUACUACAUGAAACUGCUGGGGGACUACUGCUUAGUGCUUCCCAUCCUCCUCCUCAUCGCCAUGGAAGCCAUUGCCAUUGCCUGGAUCUAUGGGUUCAAGAGGUUCCUUGAGAAGAUGGUGAUUCUCACAAGCCACCCCGUCCCCCCCAUCUUCUGUGUCCUGCUGGGCAGUCUCUGUCCGUUUAUUCUGAUAGUCCUGGUCCUGCUGGCCUUGAUUUACAUGGAACUGCAGAAGUUCACGUACACGGCCUGGGACUCGAGCACUUCCAGGGAAGUGCUCCGGGAAUACCCAUCGUGGGUGAUCAACGCGAUGAUCUCCUUAAUCGUCAUUAUCUUCCUGCCCAACGUUAUCAACUGUGUCCACGGCUUUGGCUCUCGGUCGUCCAGCACCUUUAUCAAGCCUAUCGUAGUCUCCACGUCCCUCACCCAAAGGGACCAGGAAAGGCCCAAUGAAGUUACGAAGGAAACCGUGAAAAGGUGCUGA